AUGCAGAAAAACCUAUUUAACCUUUUCAAAUUCAACCUUUUCAAGAAAAGUGAGUUGGCUUGUGGAGAAUGGAGAGGAAAACCAGUGAAGGUUGUAAAAUUUCCUGACAUCUUCAGUCUUUCAGUGGAAGCUUUAUUAGAAGAGAUGCACAGUUGUUUGACACUUUGCCUUCCUGGACCGAAUGUUCUGCUGCUGUUAGUGAAGCCUUCAGAUUUCACAGAGAAGGACAGAAAAAUACUGAAGUUUGUCUUGACUUUGUUUCAUCAAGAUGCCUUCAAGCAUGCCAUGGUCAUCUUAACACAUGAUCAUGAAAUGAGACGUUCUGUUAAUGAACUUUUGACAGAUUGCUAUGGAAGACACUACAAUAUGUUUAGAGAAGAUUUCACACAGUUGAUGGAGCAGAUCGAGAACAUUGUGAAUGAAAACAAAGGAACCUAUCUGAGCUUCAGAGGAGAGACCAGCAGACCCCAACAGAAACAGAUCAAACCUCCACUAAACCUGGUUCUGUGUGGGAGGAGAGGAGCAGGGAAGACCUCAGCAGCCAAGGCCAUCUUAGGUCAGACUCAGCUAAGAUCCAAUUCAUCAGUUAGCGUUAAAAACCAGGGAGAGGUCAGCGGACGUUGGGUUUCUGUGGUGGAGCUGCCUGCCUUGCAUGGAAGAACUCAGCAGGAAGUGAUGGAGGAAUCAUUCAGGUGUGUCUCCCUCUGUGAUCCUGAGGGGGUCCACGCCUUCAUCCUGGUCCUACCUGUGGAUCCCCUCACUGAUGAAGACAAGGGAGAGUUACAGACCAUCCAGGACAUGUUCAACUCUGUGGUCAAUGACUUCAUCAUGGUUCUGUUCACUGUCGAGUCAGAUCCUAAAGCUUCAGCUUUUGUUAACUUUGUAAGCGGAGACAGAGACAUCCAGAAGCUCUGUCAGAGCUGUGGAGGAAGAUAUUUUAUCUUCAACAUCAAGGACAAGCAGCAGAUUCCAGAACUGCUAAGCGGGGUGGAAAAAACAAUCAUUCACAAGAAUUCUCCAGGUUUUUACACUUCAGAGACAUUUACAAGGGCCCAAAUGGAGAAGAACAUAAAACAAGAUGAACACAUCACCAGACUAGAGGCUGAAAUUAAGAAACUCAAAAAGACACAGUCUGAUCUUUGUACUGAACCAGAUCAGAGCUCCAUGCGUCUGAGGAUUGUUCUGAUUGGAAAGACCGGUUGUGGAAAGAGCUCUUCUGGAAACACAAUUCUGGGACGUAAAGCCUUUAAAGCCGAGUCCAACCCCAAAUCAGUCACAAAACGUUGUCAGAAAGAAGAGUGCGAGGUGGACGGUCGUCCUGUUGCUGUCGUCGACACUCCUGGUUUAUUUGAUGACAGUUUGAGCCAUGAAGAAGUUAAUGAUGAGACUUUGAAAUGUAUGAGUCUCCUGGCUCCAGGUCCACAUGUCUUCCUGCUGGUGUUACGGAUUGGAAGAUUCACUCCAGAGGAGAAAGAGACUUUAAGAUUAAUAAAGGAAUGCUUUGGGAAAGGUUCAGAAAAGUUCACCAUCAUUCUUUUUACAAAUGGGGAUACAUUGGAACAUUGUGGGGAGACAAUCGAGGAAUACAUAAGAGAAAAUGAAUUGUUAGAGAAGCUUAUUUCUGACUGUGGAGGAAGAUACCAUGUGUUUAAAAACUAUGACAGACAGAACCGAACACAGGUCAGUGACCUGAUAAGAAAGAUCGACAGGAUGGAGAAGGAAAAUAACGGCUGCUUCUACACCAAUGAGAUGCUGCAGGAGGCUGAAGCUGCCAUCCAGAAAAAAACAGAGAAGAUUCUCAAGGAGAAGGAAGAAGAGAUGAAGAGAGAGAGGGAGGAACUCAAGAGAAAGUAUGAGGAAGAUAUGCAAGAAACGAAAAGCAAAAUGGAAGAAGAAAAAGAAAAACUAAAACAAGAAGCAGACCGGAAACUGAAGGAAAUGAAAGAGAAUAUUGAUAAAGAGAAUAAACAAAGAGAGAGGGAGCAGGAAGAGAGAGAAAAAGAAAAGAGGAAGAGAGAAACAGAUGACAAAACUCAUCGACAGAGUUUUAUACAGCAGCUUGAAGAUCUGGACAAACAAAUUCAGUCUGAGAAAGAGGAAAAGAAGAGUGUCAACAGAGAGCUGGAAAGGAUCAGAGAAGAGAAGGAGAAAGAUAAAGAGGCUUGGGAAAAAGAACGCAAAGAAUGGUGGGAGAAACAAAAAGAGGAGGAAGAGAAAAGAGGAAGAGUUAAGAAAACUGAGAGAACUUGA